AUGGUGUUUGAACAAUCUACAUGCGAAAAACAUUACCCAAAUCUAUUUGACGAGAUGGAAGGAGAAGAACCUCUGACAGAAUCUGAAACGAUCGGUACACAUAGACCGAAGAAGGUAAAAAAGCGAAAGAGGAACGAUUAUGCAUAUGAAGACGAAGAAAUACCUCAAGUUGGUAGUGGUUGUUUCAUUGGCAAAAUGACACCUUAUGUUUUUAAUAAGUCAAGAUUGCAUGUUCCAGUUAAAUUUGCAAGAUCAAAAGGAUUGAUUACCCAGAGGAUACACAGACAAGUGUAUCUAAUGGAUGAUACACGAAGAACAUGGCCAGCAACACUCACGAAAACGAAAACAGAGCUUUGUUUAACUGGUUGGCACGAGUUCAUACUAAAAAAUCACAUGAAAGUCGGAGACGUGUGUAGGUUUGUGCUUGUUAAAAACGGAGAAUUACCUGUUUUCAAGUGCUAUAAUAUAGGAAAGAAUUUAGUGAAAAAUCAUAUUCAAGUAAAGGAGACUAGUUCGACUCUUAACAAUCACCCAUACUUCAUUUCAAAUCUGAAGCCUACUAGCUUCAAAAGAUCAUUUCUGUAUCUUCCUGUUGACUUUUGGAUACCAAAUCGUUUAAAAGCAGGGGAAAUAAUUCUUAGAGGCAAUAAAGGUCGAUCAUGGAAAGUUGAACUGAAGAAAGCUAAUGAGAGACUUUUAUAUCUUGGAUCCGGAUUCACACCUUUUCUAGUUGCCAAUGGAAUGAAGGAAGGUGAUGCAUUCAAGUUUGAGCUUGUCGAGAAAGAGGAGGACAAGCCUCCAAUAGUCAACUUAAUGUGUUCCAUUCUUUGUGAAGAUGGUCGACCAUACUUCGCCGGUGAAUUGAAAUCCUACAACAUAAGACAAUCGAUUCUGUAUCUGCCAAGCAGGUUUGCAAAGUCGAAUGGAUUAAUCAAUCACAAAAGGAUGACUCUUAAAAAUGUUGAAGAUGAAAGGUCAUGGACCGUGGAUUUAAAGAACCAUAAGAACUCUAAUUUCUACUAUAUAGGAGGAUUAGGUUGGAAAGAUUUUAGGGUUGCGUAUGGACCGAAGAAAGGAUAUCAUUACAAAUUCGAGUUGGUCUACAAGGGGGAAAAGCCCAUCGGAAACUUUUACAUUAAAAAAAAUUCGUUGAAGCUACUAGACUUCUUUGAUGGGUAUAAGUUCGUCAAGCUUUAA